AUCAACUCCACUCCACAACAUCUAGCAUACACAAAAUGGGCUACACACUUGGCAUUGUUGGCUGCGGCACCAUGGGCAUCGCGAUUCUCUCGGGCGUGCUCACGUCGCUCGAGGCGCGCCUCUCCGCCUUCCCCGACGGACGGCAUACGCCGCGCGAGCCGUCGUCGGGCAUCUCGACGCCGACGGCGUCGCUGUUCCUCGACGCGCCAGAGGAGACCCUCCCCUCCAAGUUCAUCGCCACCGUCGGCCGCGAGGAAACCGCACGCAAGCUGCGCAAGACGCUCGGCGCGAUCAACGAGAGCGGCCAGCAGGUCGACGUGCGCUUUGGCGCUGGCUCAAACGUCGCGCUCGCCAAGGACGCCGACGUGAUCAUCAUCUGCUCAAAGCCGAACGUCGCCAAGAGCAUCAUGCAGGAGAAGGGCAUGUACGACGCCGUCGACGGCAAGAUUGUCGUGUCGAUCUGCGCAGGCGUCACCAUCUCCCAGCUCACGUCGUGGGUGCCCGAGACGACGCAGGUGGUGCGCGCCAUGCCCAACACGCCCUGCAAGAUCCGCGAGGGCAUGACCAUUGUCACCCCGCUUCCCGAUGCCCGCUCGCGCGCCCUCAUCCUCGCCAUCUUCACGUCGUGCGGACGCUGCCGCUUCCUCGACGAGAAGCACUUUGACGCCUGUACCGCCCUCGCUGGGUCUGGGCCUGCGUUUGUGGCUCUGGUUCUCGAGGCCAUGGCCGAUGGUGGUGUCAUGAUGGGCCUUCCCCGUGCUGAGGCGAUUGAGAUUGCCGCGCAGACCAUCCAAGGCACUGGUCGCAUGGCUCUGUACGCUGGCCUUCACCCCGCGCAGCUCAAGGACACGGUUACUACCCCCGGCGGAUGCACGAUCGCCGGCCUGCUGACAAUGGAGGACGGACGUGUGCGUUCGACAAUGGCGCGCGCCAUCCAGGUCGCCACCAACCAUGCAGCCGGUUUGGGCCAGGACAAGAAGUAAGGUGUGCAUUGCGAUGCAGUGCGAGUUCAGUGUGUGUCGCGUACAUGCUUGGAUCUGUCUGCUCUUGUACUUUUGUAUGCGAGGACGCGUGUGUGGUGGGUAGUAGCUAUCGCAGCAUGAUGAUGCCAUCUGGGUAAAGAAGUCAAAA